CCUAGCAAAGAAUUUUGUUACCUUGAGCCCUUCAAUCGAAAUGGGGCGCCUUGUUUACUUGUUUGCUUGCUCUUUGCUUCUUCUGGUGGCUGCUUUAACGGCAUCUGGUGCAAGAAUAGUGGAGCACACAUUACAUGUGAGAAAUUUGACUGUUAAUAGGCUAUGCAAUCGCCAGGUGAUUACAGCAGUAAAUGGUAGCUUCCCUGGUCCCAGAAUCCGAGUUCGAGAGGGUGACAUACUGAUUGUUCAUGUCCAUAACAAGUCACCUUACGACUUGACUAUUCACUGGCAUGGGAUUUUUCAGAAACUGAGUGCCUGGGCUGAUGGACCUAGCAUGGUGACUCAGUGUCCAAUACGUUCCGGAAACAAAUAUGCCUACAAAUUCAAAAUCGUUAAACAGGAGGGAACCCUUUGGUGGCACGCUCAUGCCUCUGUGCUCCGUGCUACUGUGUAUGGUGCACUCAUCAUCCGCCCCAGAGCUCACAACUCUUACCCAUUCCCAAAGCCCUACAGAGAAGUUCCCAUCCUAUUAGGUGAGUGGUGGAAUGCUAAUAUCAUCGAUAUCCAAAACGAGGCUCUAGCCCUUGGCGGCGGUCCUAAUGUUUCUGAUGCUUUUACAAUAAAUGGAUGGCCCGGUGAUCUCUAUCCAUGCUCUGGACAUCAAAUGUACAAGCUUAAGGUGGAGCAAGGGAAGACCUAUCUCUUACGAAUUAUCAACGCUGCACUCAACAACCAGCUAUUUUAUAAGAUAGCCAAUCAUAAGAUGACUGUUGUGGCCGUUGAUGCUUCUUACACCAACCCCUAUGUCACCAACGUGGUGGCUAUCGCACCUGGGCAGACGGUUGACGUUUUGCUAACGGCGGAUCAGCCGAUUGGCUCGUAUUACAUGGCCGCAAGAGCUUAUGCAAGUGCAGUUGGUUUACCAUUUGAUAAUACUACAACGAGGGGUGUCAUCGUCUACGACGGUGCACCAUCUUCAACAAAGCCGCUAAUGCCUGUCUUACCUGCGUUCAAUGACACCCCCACGGCUCAUAAGUUUUAUACCAACCUUACCAGUUUGGUCGGUGGGCCUCACUGGGACCCUGUCCCGCUUAAAGUGGACCAUAAAAUGUUCGUCACCAUUGGAUUGGCGCUCGAAGUCUGCCCAUCAAGCACAACUUGCCAGGGUCCAAAUGGAACAAAGCUGUCGGCCAGCAUGAACAAUGUAUCCUUCGUGCCACCUACUGGAUUGUCUAUGUUGCAAGCCUUUUACUUCAACGUCGGAGGAGUUUACACCACCGAUUUUCCUGCCAAGCCUCCCAUUGAGUUUGAUUACACAAACUUAGCCAUCAACAACAACCUACCUAUGCUAUUUGCUCCAAAAGGAACCAAGGUUACCAAGCUUAAGUUCAACUCCACUGUGGAAAUGGUGUUGCAGAACACAGCUAUUAAUGGAGUGGAAAAUCAUCCCAUGCACCUCCAUGGCUUUGAUUUCUAUGUAAUGGCUCAAGGGUUCGGAAACUAUAACCCUGCCACAGAUACAAACCAGUUCAAUCUUUUCGACCCCCAAAUGCGCAACACUAUUGCUGUUCCUGUUGGAGGAUGGGCCGUCAUCAGAUUCUUGGCUAAUAAUCCAGGUGUAUGGUCUAUGCAUUGCCACCUUGACGCGCACUUGUCAAUAGGCUUGGACACAGCCUUCGUCGUUGAGAACGGACCAACUCCGGCAACAACCUUGCCUCCUCCGCCUGCAGAUCUUCCACAAUGCUAGUGAUUGUUUUAUUUAUUUAUGAAAUUAGUUGACGUUCUUUUUUCCGAGGAAUUUAAGUUGA